AUGGAAUCUAAUCUUGUUUCUGAAUUUGUCAGUAAAACUGGAGUGUCUACUAUAGAAGCUCACAAUUUUUUGCAAGCUAAAAAUUGGGAUUUAAAGCUUGCCAUUCAAGAAUAUUUAAAUUCGAAUAAAGAUGGAAACCAAAAUAAGUGUUUUAACAAAUCUGAUUCUAUAGAUGUGACUGACUCAUGUUGUAAGAAAUUAUCCAGAGGAAUAUCUAGGGCUACAGAUAAUGUAAAUUUGGUUAAUAAAGCUCGUUCCGAAUUAGGAUUAGAUUUUCGAGAAAAUGGAGUGUGUAAUGUUAACAAACAUUUCAUAGAAACUCCUGUUUUUACAUUUACAUUACCUGAUCUGUCAAUAUUUCCAGAUGAUUUCAGGCAAUUUUUAGAAAAAGAUCUUAUAGAAAUAUCGAGUUUAAUCUCAUUGGAACAAGCUGGUAAAUUAAAUUGGUGGGCAAACAAUGGAGCUUGUCAAAGGCUUUGGCCUUUGGCAACAACAGGGGAUGGAAAUUGUCUGUUACAUGCUGCCUCUUUAGGAAUGUGGGGUUUUCACGAUAGGCUUUUAACAUUAAGAAAAGCCUUGUAUGAAUUUUUAACAACUUCCGAUUGCAGAGAUGCAUUAUGGAGGCGAUGGAGAUGGCAAUUAACUCGACUUAAUGCCGAAGCUGGUUUAGUAUACACAGAAGAAGAAUGGAGAAAAGAAUGGAAUUCAAUUGUCAGCAUGGCUAGUAGUCAACCGAGAAACAGAAGAAGGAGUAUAAUUAUAGACAAAUUUAAUAAGGAUAUAUCUGAAAAUGCAACUUAUGAAAGUUUAGAAGAAAUCCAUGUUUUGGCACUAUCUCACGUUCUCAAACGACCAAUAAUUGUGAUCGCCGAUACAAUGCUAAAGGACGUCAACGGGGAAGCUCUGGCUCCUAUUUUGUUCGGAGGAAUUUAUUUACCCUUGGAAAUUCCAUCUUCAGAAUGUCACAAGUCCCCUUUAGUUUUAACUUAUGAUGCAGCUCAUUUUUCAGCUUUAGUAGUUAUGGACAAAGAAAUUUUUGCUGAUAAAUCUCCUCAACCUCCCGCGGUCAUACCAUUGACAGAUAGUCGGCAUAAACUUCUUCCCGUUCAGUUUAGCGUGGAUCCCGGCGAAGAUUUUUUUUCUUGGAAUGAUAAAAGUGCAACAUACGUAAAUGAUAAAUUAACUGUCGGAACAAAAGAAUUGCUGUCGUUAUUGAGAGAAUAUUUAAAUGUCGUAAAUGUGCCUAUUUCACUAUCCCCGAUUUCGGACGAUGGAGAAUUUGAAUUAGAACCGGAAACUCCCUGCGAUGAAGAAGAUAUUGAAAAAAGAUUUUACGAAAUAACGGAUUUUGACCUGGAUGAAAAUAAUGGCGGCAUUUCCGAUGCUGGACUUUUCGUAUCGAACAAAAGUAGACUUCAAAAUGUUGCAAAACAUUUUGGCAGCAUAGGUAAAUCCAUGUCGAAAAAGUUGAAAAAAAAUUUAGAAACCAUCGGAUCUAAAAUGGCGAGGAAUAAUUCUCAGAAAAAGGAUAAUUUGACGAGAGUAAGAUCAAAUGUCGACGAUGUUAAAAAUCAAGAUUUUAUUUUAAGUGCUCGUUUACAUACCGAAGAAAGGCACGAGUACCAAGAGGAAAUGAUUAAAAAUUAUUUAAAUACUGCAAGAGAUAGGUAA